GUUUUUUAUUGUUUCGUUUAAAUUUAUAAAGUGCAUAAAUAAAUAAUGGGUUCAAGUUCAAAAGAAAGUGACAAGUGUUGUGUAAAGAAUUGUGAUAAUACUGCAAGGAAUUCUAAGUAUGGAUUUUAUUAUUUUCCAUCAGCUAACCCUAAUUAUCCACAUAAAGUUCUAAAGCGCGAACUGUGGUUAAAAGCAUUGGCAAAAUUGGAGCCAGACGGGUCAGUUUGGAUUCCAAAAAAACGGAGUAGAAUAUGUAGUUUCCACUUUGUUGGAAAUAAAAAGUCUGAACAUCCGGAAAGUCCAAGUUACAUCCCGACUAUUUUCGACAAUUCUACGAAAACUUUGAAGAGAGCAACAUCUUCAUCUAAUCGAUUUCAAAGACUUUUAAAAAGAAGAAUGCAAAAUUCAGUUGAUUCUGAUCUAAAUAUUAAAAAAUCGAAAGUUUCAGACGCUAGGAAUUUAUUAGCAAAUUUAAGUUUGCAAGAUGAACAUUCUUCAAUUCGUGAUCAGGCAACUUGUGACGUUGAAACCAACGUUAAUUUUUUAUCAGAUGAUGACGAUAACACAGAUAAUUUUCAGAAAAGUAAUACCAUUUUUAUUUGUAUUAACCACCCCCUAGCGGAUCGCUAUCUACUAAGUAUACACCAAAUAUACACGGUGUAUACGCGGCGUAUAUACACUGAGUAUACACUAAGUUUACACCAAAAAUGUUUUUCUAAGUCCAAUUUUCAUAAAAAUUUCUAAGUGCUGUAAGC